AUGUAUCGACUACAAUAUUAUUAUACAUCUGCUAUCGUGUUGAUGGUAUUAAUAGUAUCGAUCUAUGGUAGCAUAGAUACACAUCCAAUUUCCAAAACGGGGUUCUAUACGUUUAAUCAGCGAGUAGAUCAUAAUGGAGUCAAUGUAAAAACAUUUCCCCAACGUUAUUGUAUCAAUAAAUCCUUUGUACAUAAAGGAGCUGCUCCUAAAUCUGUAAUGCUUGUACUUGGUGGUGAGGGACCAAUUGAUCCAGAGAUAACCAAUCAUAUUCCUUUUAUUGGUGUUGCCAAUAACACAAACUCUAUCAUUAUUGCCUUGGAAAUUAGAUACUAUGGUGAGAGUAUACCUGUUCCAAACAUGUCAACUGAUAAUAUGCAAUAUUUAACUACUGAUCAAAUAUUGGAUGAUAUCGCAUAUUUCCAAACUCAAUUUACCAAUUUGUAUGGAUUACAUAAUUGUAAAUGGAUUGUGAUGGGAUGUUCGUAUGCAGGGUCACUCAGUGCAUGGUACAGAAUGAAAUAUCCAAAUUUGGCAGCUGCAGCCAUCGCAUCGUCUGCUCCUAUUCGUGCAGUUGUCAGUUUCCACGACUAUGAUAGAAAGGUGAGAGAAGCACUCGGCCUCCAAUGUACCAAACAGUUUAAACAAAUUCUAAACCACGUAGAGCAACAACUAAGAGUCAACAAUACCAGUAUUAAAAGAAAGUUCACUUGUGAUGCCAAGAUUGAUGACAAGAUGUUUUUAUUCAUGUUGUCCGAGGCCAUCAGCUAUUCAGUACAAUACAAUAGUAGAUUCAAAAUCAUUAGUAAUAUAUGUCCACCACUUAUCCAAAGUGGAAGUAACAUUGUUAAAUUAUUAGAUAUAUUUGCUGAUUAUAUUACAAAUAUGUUUUUAUUUAAAAAUGGAUCAUGUAAUGAAUAUAAUCUUUAUUCAUUUGCAAGUACUAAAGUAGAUUAUUCUGGAACGAGACAAUGGACAUACCAAUUGUGUAGUGAGUAUGGUUGGUUUUUGACUGCAUCUGAUAGUGACCUAUCCCUCAAAUCAGGUCAAAUCAAUGAACAAUGGUGGGAGAAUGAAGUUUGUAAGAUUAUGUUUGGAUCAUCAAUGAAACCAUUUGUUGAAAAGAUUAAUCUUGAAUAUGGAAUUGAUAAUAUGAAAAUGUUAACCAAUGUAUUAUUUACAAAUGGUGGAUAUGAUCCAUGGAGUAGUUUAUCGGUUCAAUCACAAUGUGAUACACCACUAUCAAAUAUUAUAUCUAUUCCAGGUGAAUCACAUUGUGCCAAUUGGUAUUCAGAGACACCAGAGGACAGCCAACAACUUAAAAACUCUAGAUCACUAGCCAAUAGCUUCCUUACAGAGUUUAUUGAAUCUGAUUGUAAUCCAGAUGACUGUACCAAAAAGAAAGGUCUUUGUAUUCAAAAAAAGGAUACUGAAACUAUUGCUUCUUCAAUUUGUAUUUGUCCAAGUGUAGAAUGUGACAGAAAACAAGGAAUAGUUUCACGUAUCACUCUAAGAAUAUUAGCUGAAGAUUUACAAGAUACUGAAUUGGUUAUUGAAGAAUCUCAUCUUUUAAAUAGUAGUGGAAAUACAAGUCAAUCUCAAUCACAAUCCUCACACCAACAAAUGACAAUGUCUGAAAGUGGAUCCAAUCAAUUACUAGUACUACAACACUCCGAAUUUAUCAUUUCCAUUGUAACCCUUAAUUUAUUUGUUUUAUUUUAUAAGUUUAUUUAA